AUGGGACCCUUUAAUCCUCCUUCAAAUGGGAAUGCCUACAUCUUAGUAGCAGUGGACUAUAUUUCCAGAUGGGUGGAGGCCAUUGCUAGCCCCACUAAUGAUCACAAGGUGGUUCUUAAACUUUUCAAGAACAUAAUCUUUCCAAGAACAGCUUUCAAAACUCCUAUAGGAAGAACCCCAUUCCAGCUUGUGUAUGGAAAGUCUUGUCACCUUCCAGUUGAAGUUGAGUACAAGGCUCUAUGGGCAAUCAAACUCCUGAACUUGGAUCUUGAAACAGCACAAGCUAAUAGAAGCCUUGAUUUGCAUGAACUUGAGGAGAUCAGAUUGGAAGCUUAUGAAAACUCCAAAAUCUACAAGGAGAGGACUAAGGCCUUCCAUGAUAAGAAGAUUCUCAUCAAGGACCUUAAGCCUGGAGACCAAGCUUUGCUUUACAAUUCAAAACUCAAGUUAUUCCCUGGGAAGUUGAAAAGUAGAUUGGGAGGUCCUUUUGAAAUAAAAGAGAUCUUACCAUAUGGAGCUAUCACACUUCUCAACAAGGAUGGUAGUGAGUUCACAGUCAAUGGUCAGAGGGUUAAGAAGUAUUUGGGAGAGAAGGAGACACAUGAGAAGUGCUCAAUGCUUCUCAAAGAUGCCCCUCAAGCUUGA